CCCGUGCCAUGUCGCCAUUUUGAUUCGAAAAAUAUGACUGAGUUUUUCCUGCUUUGCUUGCUAAACUUAGCCUCGGGUUUGAAUUAUUCUGUCCGUGAGUACGAACCGUACACUCUUAUUUGAAACAGCAGCUGUUGCCAUCAUGUCAAGUGGCCGUUAACGCCGGGUAACUUGUUUAUUUGAUUGACUUUAAAGCCAAGAUUUCAGUAACGUUAGCUAAGUUGAGCUAGCUCACUGUUAGCCCGAGCUGUCGCAGACUGACCCUUCUUCAAAACAAAUCCAAACAGGCUAAUUCAUGUUAGCACACACGGCUAGCUGAUAGUUAGCCGUAGAAGCUAGCAGGCUGCCUUGGAGAAAAAACUCCACCAACAAUCUGACACAGACGGAAGGAGUAGCAGCUUCGCAAUCAAAGGUUAUGGUGAGCCCCUCUGCGUCUCAUCUCCUAAAGAGGCCUGCGUUUUAAGAGGAGACCCAUGCUGAUAAAUGCCAGGCCUCACCACACUCUCUGUCGUCUGCACAAACACAAAUGCCUGCCUGCCCGUGGGGGAGGUCUGAUUAAAGAUAUCCACAUUUCAUCCACUGGGCUGUGUCCCCCGUCCCAGCGGCCACCAUGUUUUGGAAGUUCGACCUGCACACCACCUCCCACAUCGACCAGCUGCUGGACAGGGAGGACGUGACGCUGAGGGAGCUGAUGGAGGAGGAUGACGUCCUGCAGGAGUGUAAGGCCCAGAACCGUCGGCUGCUCCUCUUCCUCUCCCAGGACCACUGCAUGCAGGAGCUGGUCAGCCUCAUCACCACAGAGCCGCCGGCCGACCUGGAGGAGAGGAGUCGCUUUAAGUUUCCAAACAUUGCGUGUGAGCUCCUCACAUCAGACGUGUCGCUAAUAAACGAUAAACUCGGCGCAGAUGAUUCCCUCCUUGAGAUGCUUUAUCACUUCCUGGAGCAGGACCCACCACUCAAUCCGCUACUGGCUAGCUUCUUCAGCAAAACCAUCGGCAAUCUCAUCGCCAGGAAAACUGAGCAGGUGAUUACCUUUCUAAAGAAAAAGGAGGGAUUCAUCGGCCUGGUGCUGAAACAUAUUGACGCCUCCGCCAUGAUGGACCUGCUGCUGCGCCUCAUCAGUUGUGUUGAGCCUGCCCCCUUGAGGCAGGAGGUCCUCCAUUGGCUGAAUGAGGAGAAGUUGGUACAAAGACUCACAGAGCUCAUCCAUACAGGCAAAGAUGAGGAGAGACAAUCAAAUGCAUCCCAAACACUUUGUGACAUCAUCCGCCUUAGUCGAGACCAGGCCAAUCAGAUGCAGGAGAAUAUGGAGGGCGACCCACUAUUGGCUGUAUUAGAGUCGCAGGAAAGUGUAGCGGGGCUCCUCAAGAACAUGUUUGAGGGGGAGAGAAAUGAGGCCUCCAUCGUUAACGGAACUCAAGUGCUACUUACCUUACUGGAGACCAGGAGGUCUGGGUUGGAAGGGCUGAUGGAUCUGUAUUCUCAGGGUUAUGAAAGGUCUUACACUGUCAACAGCAGUAUUUUAAAUGCCAUUGAGCCCCAUUUAAAGGACUUCCAGCAGCUUCUUCUGGAUCCCCCCAAGAAAAGUGCAAUAUUGACGACCGUUGGCGUUCUAGAGCAGCCACUGGGGAACGCCCGCCUUCACGUGGCCCGGCUGGUGGCCGCCCUGCUGCAGACCAGUGCCCCCAGUAUCUGCCAGGAGCUCUGCAAUCUCGCCACCAUGGACCUACUACUGGAUCUGUUCUUCAAAUACUCCUGGAAUAACUUUUUGCACUUCCAAGUGGAGCUCUGUGUGGCGGCCAUCCUGAACCAUCCUUCCUCAGAUGAGCGGCCAAGCCCAGGCCUCCAGAACCACGACGGGACGCCCGCAGCAUCCAACCCUGAGGCGCCGGGGGAGGCAGUGGAGACAGGCCGGACCAGUGACCCACAGACCUCCGUCCACAACGCCCUCGUGGUACAUCUCUUCCAGAAGUGUCAUCUGGUACAGAGGAUCCUUGAUGCCUGGGAGGAGAAUGAUAAAAUACAGGCCGAGGGCGGCACCAGGAGAGGAAACAUGGGUCAUCUGACCAGAAUCUCCAACAUGGUGGUUCAGAACCUGGAGAAAGGACCAGUACAGGCCCAGAUAACUGACCUCAUAAAAGCCCCUGAUUUGGCAGAGCUUCCUGAGGACUGCAGAGGUCGCUGGGAGAGCUUCGUGGACGAGACCCUGAGAGAGACUAACAGGAGAAACACAGUGGAGCUGGUGAGCACACACAACAUGCACUCGUCCAGUGAAGACGACGACAUGGAGAGCCCCUUCCCCAACGACCUGUCUCUCCAACAGGCCUUCUCGGACUAUCAGAUCCAACAGAUGACCGCCAACUUCGUGGAUCAGUUUGGAUUCAACGACGAGGAGUUCAGCGAACACGAUGAAAACAUCAACGCCACAUUCGACAGAAUUGCAGAAAUAAACUUCAAUCUAGAUGCUGAUGAUAAUAGUGCCAACGCGGCGGCUUUUGAAGCGUGCUGUAAAGAAAGAAUACGCCAGUUUGAUGAUGCUGAAGAAGAAGAGGACAUUUGGGAGGAGAAGGAGAUGAACUAUGCAACACAAGUUAAAUCCAGAACAAGGUUCGGUGUCACACAGACCUCAGAGGGGAGCUCCAGAGGCAGCUUGGAGAACGGAGGCAGGGAGCGGGACCACGGAUCUGGAUCUGAUGAGGACGAGGACUCUGAGCAGAACCCGUCAGAUUCAGGUCCCGGCUGGACAGCAAACUUCAGGGACUCUAGAGGGACUGCAGCGUCCCAGACCCCAGCAGGGUGGGAGAGCUCGGUGGGGAGCGGAGCGGGGACGCAGGGAACCAGCUGGGCCAACUUCACCGAGUUCCAGCCUUUCUCUGGUAAGGAGGCUGAGCCCAGGUGCAGCUCUCCUGUGGACUCGGGCAGCAACGACGCUGAAAAACAAGCCAAACAAAACCACGAGAAGAGUGACGUCAGUGCCUCCUCUGGUGAUUGGCCGGCGGGAGAUGGGAAGAAGGCUCCUCUCGUGGCCUCGGACAGCAGCUCCUCCGGGGGAUCGGACAGCGAGGAGGAGAGAGGAGAAGAUAAAAAGGCCGCUGCCGCUCCUCCCGCUGCAGCUAACCCCUCCGAAACCCCCGUCAACCCCGUCGCCCCUGGUAACAAGACAGCUGACCUCAAAAGUGAGGAGAGUCCGGUGUCUCUGGAGAAACUCUCUCUGUCAGAUCCUCCUAAAGCGUUGGAGCAGCCGCCCGCUGACAGCUCACCUGUAGCUACACAGACCGACAGGAAACAGGAAAUGCCCCCGCCGCCCCAGGAAGUGUCUGUGAAUGGGCCGGUCUGAGCGCGUGCAGGACCCCGGGACACAUCCAACAGAGACGGCGUUUGGUGGGACUGUCUGCCUCCUCCAGAGUGACUCCCCUGAAAAAAAAAAAAAAGAAAAAUAACCUCCAGUGUUUUUUUUUUUUUACUGAAUCACUCUGCCAUGUUAUUGGACCUGGACACUGCCAAUCAACACCAAUAAUGAGGCGGCGGAACAUGUAAAAAAAAAAAAAAAAAAAAAAUUAUGAAAAAUGAGAAACCAACAGAUCCAGGAGGAGCGCGGAGGAGGAAUCAUCUUCGAAGCCUUUUUUUCAGAUGUUGCACAGAAUCCGGUGCAGGUUUUAAUGUAGCAGCGACAGAAUCCGAGGGGGUAAAAACAUCAUCAUCGUUAUUUUUUUAUGUCCUGAAAGAUUUCUCUCCGACCUGUUUCCUACCUGAGCUGUUGGGAUCCCGUUAUUUGGGAUUUUUUUUUUACAUCGUCACCCCUGAAUGGAUAGCACAGGCUAACUUUUAACGAUGCCUCAACAAUAAAUACCUUUUUUUGACAACUUUUUUUUUUUUUCUCUUGGAGCUUAAAGAAAAAGCACUUAUGCAGCCAUUUACUGUACAUUAUAGCACAACGUUAAGUGUUUGACCCUCAUCUCUGCUGGCUGUCUGAUCUGUCCUCUCACCCCACGCCCACGUUUUUAUCCAUCGUGUCCGUUUUUUUUUUUGUGUCUUUCUUUGGUUGCUGUUGAUGAAACAUCUCGUUGUCACCAGGUUUCUGAAUGUUUGAAGUGCUUCAGGAGGGUCCGUCACAGAGGAGGAGGAGGGGGUCCAUGAACAGAGCUCUAAUAGUAUUACUGUCUUUUUUUUUUUUUUUUGCUCAUGUGCAAUAAUGUCAAUUAGCCAUUUUAUUUAAAAAACAAUGAAAUCCAACAUGUAUUUCUUUUUAAAGAGAAUCAACCUAGCGUCACAUUGGGUUGGAGGUUUGGGCAAACAAAUUCAGAUUUAAUCUCCUCUGAUUUUAAUUUUCAAUUUGUCUUUUUAUUCUUUUUCUCUUUUUUUUUUUUUAGUGCAUGUAUAACCGGUUCUCUGUUGACCUAGCUAGUGAGCGAAGACCUUCUGAUUGUAAUGAUCUUUAAGUUCUUAUUGCUAUUCCCCUUAAAUCAACCAAACAUUAUCUACCUAUAUACAAAUAUCUACAUUUAAAAGUAAUUUUACAAGCAA